AUGUCACCUAUCUCCCAAUAUCGACCCGAUGAAUGGGUCUUCAUUACCACCACUCCCACGCGGCCGCGUCCGACCAAGGAACAGCGAUCUCAGAUGCGGCGGCGCGUCAUGCGCGAGAUUGGGUACGCCCGCCGGUAUCCUCGCACAGCAUAUCUUCAGAGAGCUUCGACAUCAUUAUGCAUAGACAGCGACACGAUAGCAUCUCCUUCAUCCUCCAGCACUUUUCCUGUUGACCCUCAAUCUGGAAGGCCUCAAGGUUCAGGCUGUCCACCCUCGUCGGCCCAUAUCGCAUCGUUCCUGACCUGUCCGUGGGAUAGGGACUCGCAGCGACUACUCCACCACAUGUUCUCAGAUGCCAUCCCGAGCCACCUUCGAAUAUACAAAGACCGCUGGUACCCAAUCUGUAUCACGAAUUCCGCCGCUUUUGACCAGAUGUUGGCUUCAUAUGCUACCCAUAUCUCACAAUACCACGUGCAAGACGACUUGAAGGACUUCAUACUUUUGAAUCAUACCAAAGCGCUUGUGCGGGUUCGGCAUGAUAUCAGUGAUAUGUCGCUGGGCAGUAAGCAGGUCCUGGAGGGUACAUUGAGCGCGAUUACCGCCUUGGCAUGCUAUUCACAUCUGCAAGGAGAUAUGGUUUCAUGGAGAUCGCACAUGUCAGCUGUGUCAAGACUUAUUCAGGAGUCGGGCUUAUCACUGGGGUCUUUGGAUGAGAAGUUGGUGACCGUCGUUAAAUGGUUCGCACUCAAAGAGCGCCCAAUUGGUCCCACUUGA